GCAGGGUCUGGGGUUAGUCAUGGCGUCCCCGUCUCGGAGACUGCAGACUAAACCAGUCAUUACUUGUUUCAAGAGCGUCCUCUUGAUCUACACUUUCAUCUUCUGGGUGAGAGAUGGAGGCGCCCGGGGACGGGAGGGGAUCCCAGGCUUGAGUGAGGGGUGUGACCCUGAGCGGAGGGAGCUCAGGUCGGGGGUGGGGAGGCAGGCGCGGGUGGGGUUUGGGCGGCCGUCGCUGCUGGGACCCCGGCGCUGGCGACGAGUUGCUGGGGCCCGAGCUCGAGUUCGGGCAUCUCUCCCGCGCCGGGGUCCCGGUGUUGGACCACGGCAGGCGACAGGCUGAGCUGGGACCCAGACGUGCCUAGCGUUCCAAUUCGAUGCGGGAGGCGAGUUAACCCCUCAGAGCAUGCAGGGUGUCCCCGGACCGUUGGAGAGGCAAGGGUUGCCCAGCCCCUCUGAGGCCUCGCUUGCAUAAUAGUCUCUUUCUUUUCACUGCUUCAUAAGAGGGGAGUAUUUCUCAGAUCACUGGUGUUAUCCUUCUUGCCGUUGGCAUUUGGGGCAAGGUGAGCCUGGAGAAUUAUUUUUCCCUUUUAAAUGAGAAGGCCACCAAUGUCCCCUUCGUGCUCAUUGGCACUGGCACUGUCAUUAUUCUUUUGGGCACCUUCGGCUGUUUUGCUACCUGCCGAGCUUCUGCAUGGAUGCUAAAACUGUAUGCAAUGUUUCUGACUCUCAUUUUUUUGGUUGAACUGGUCGCUGCCAUCGUAGGAUUUGUUUUCAGACAUGAGAUAAAAAACAGCUUUAAGAAUAAUUAUGAGAAGGCUUUAAAACAAUAUAACACUACGGGAGAUUAUAGAAGCGAUGCAGUAGACAAGAUUCAAAAUACGUUGCAUUGUUGUGGUGUCACCGACUAUAGAGAUUGGAAGGAUACUAAUUAUUACUCAGAAAAAGGAUUUCCCAAGAGCUGCUGUAAACUUGAAGGUUGUUCUCCUCAGAGAGAUGCAGAUAAAGUAAACAAUGAAGGUUGUUUUAUAAAGGUGAUGACCAUUAUAGAGUCAGAAAUGGGAGUCGUUGCAGGAAUUUCUUUUGGAGUUGCUUGCUUCCAGCUGAUUGGAAUCUUUCUAGCCUACUGCCUCUCUCGUGCCAUAACCAAUAACCAGUAUGAGAUAGUGUAACCAGCAUGUCACGGGCUUACUCCUCGCCAACGUUAAGGACAUUUACAUUCCCCCCUAUGAACUACAAGAUUGCCUGGAUGGAAGACUGCCUAACAUUACUUACGGAUAGA